CUGCUUUCUAAAACAGGCUUGCAACAGGACAACUUUAAAUCUGGCUAUGUUAAACUACAAAAAUGAGUGGACCCAUGGCAUGGGUUUAUAAAGCAGUAAAUUAUUAUCAUGAGACAAUAAGAGCUUGGAUAUAGAUAAAACAUUAUUUUAUUCCUCUGGUAAGAGUCAGUUAAUAUAUAGACUGCACUCUGAUUAGAUGCCAAAAAAGAACAAUUGUGAUGAGGCUUAGAACUUGUAGACUCACUGGACUUGUGUCCUUAAAGGGUUUGAUGCUUAUCUCCUGUAUUGCUUCCGUAGCUCUCUUCUUAAAGAUACAACACCCACAGGAGUUGGCGGUAAAGAAAAUCUUAUCCCAAAGCUUGAUAAAAGCGCAGUCUUCAACUCUUACGUCAAAUGAAAGUGAGGACAUAACUUAUAUCAAUAUAACGGAUAAUGGUGAGGACAUAACUUUUAGCAACAUAGUGGAUAAUGCACAGAUGGACAACAUAUAUAAAAAUGAAACCUUAAUUAAACUUAAUACAAUGGUGGAAAAUGCCAUGAAGUUUCAAGCAGAUAAUGAUACAGAAAUAGAAAGAUGCAUGCAACAAAGAAGGCAGAAAAUAAGAGAAACUUGUCACAGAAAAAAAUCGAAAAAAAUCCGACUGUCAAAAAAUAUUCUUGUUGAUGACAACUUGAAAGUAAUUUAUUGUUACAUUCCCAAAGUUAGUUCUACAUAUAUAAUAAAAAGUCUUAUACAUUUGUCCAAAGGGAAUAUUAGUCUACCAGUGGAUAUACAUUAUGAUGGAAAAUAUGUUACCAGAUUGCUGAAAUACAAAAAAGCAGACAUCUUGUAUCGUUUGAAGACUUAUACUAAAUUCACAUUUGUCAGAGAACCUUUCUCUCGACUACUCUCAGCAUACAAUGAUAAAAUAGUUCGAAGUGGUGAUGAUCAUUUUUCAAAACAUCGAAAAAAACUAUUGGAAAAAUAUCACAAGAAUUCUGGGACAAAAAUUAUGUCUAUUGCUCCUUUUGUCGACUUUGUGGAUUAUGCAGUUCUGCAGAGAAAACUCCCCAAUGAACACUGGCUGCCAUUUUUUCAACUUUGUAGUCCAUGUAAUGUACAGUAUGAUUACAUUGGCAAAUAUGAAAACUUAGCCAAAGAAGGGAAUUUCAUUUUCAAGAAACUUGGGGCAAAACAUUCAGUCAUUGAGGAAAAACCAUAUAACAAAUCAAAAAAUCUUUCUAUGGAGAAAGCUUAUUCAACUUUAUCAAUUAAUCAAUUGGAAAAUUUAUCUGAAUUUUAUAAAAUGGACUUUGACUUAUUUGAAUAUCCAUUUCCACAAGCAUUGAGGGCUCAUUAUCCCACCGAACGAAGUUCGAGAGGGAUAUAGGAAAGCCGUCCGUCCGUCCGUUCGUCCGUCUGUUUGUCCGGGCGAUAACUCAAAUACCGUUUCAUGGAUUUGAUUCAAAUUUUAUAGGCUUAUGCCUUAUGGGUGUAGGACCUCUGCUCGAGAAGGAAUUUUCAAUAUGGCCACUGAAUUCAAAAUGGACGCCAUUUUUCGUAAAAAAUGUAAUCUUUAAUAACUCAAAUACUAGUUUGCGGAUUUGGUUCAAAUUUUAUAUGCUGAUGCCUAGGGACAAAGGAGUUUCGCACAAAAAGAGAUUUCCAAGAUGGCCGCUUAAUUUCAAAAUGGCGGCCAUUUUUCUUAAAAAUAUGUAAUGUAUGAUAACUCAAAUACCAGUGAACGGAUUUGGUUCAAAUUUUAUAUGAUGAUGCUUAGGGACACAGUAGCUCUGUUCGACAAAACAUUUUCAAGAUGGCCGCUUAAUUUCAAAAUGGCGGCAAUUUUUCGUAAAAAACGUUAUCUUUGAUAACUCAAAUACCAGUGAACAGAUUUGGUUGAAAUUUUAUAUGAUUAUGCCUAGGGACACAGUAGCUCUGUUCAAAAAAUAAUUUUCAAGAUGGCGGCUGAAUUUCAAGAUGGCGGCCCAAAUUCCUUAAAAAACGUGAUCUUUGAUAACUCAUAUAUGCUGAUGCCUAGGGACAAAGGAGUUUCGCACAAAAAAAGAUUUUCAAGAUGGCCGCUUAAUUUCAAAGUGGCGGCCAUUUUUUGUAAAAAUAUGUAAUCUUUGAUAACUCAAAUACCAGUGAACGGAUUUGGUUCAAAUUUUAUAUGAUUAUUAUUAGGGACACAGUAGCUAUGUCCGACAAAACAUUUUCAAGAUGGCCGCAUAAUUUCAAAAUGGCGGCAAUUUUUCGUAAAAAACGUAAUCUUUGAUAACUCAAAUACCAGUGAACAGAUUUGAUUGAAAUUUUAUAUGAUUAUGCCUAGGGACACAGUAGCUCUGUUCAAGAAAUAAUUUGUAAGAUGGUGGCUGAAUUUCAAGAUGGCGGCCCAUAUUCGUAAAAAAACGUAAUCUUUGAUAACUCAUAUACCAGUGAACAGAUUUGGUUCAAAUUUUAUAUGAUGAUGCCUAGUUCACAAUGGUAUAAACUAACUUUGUGCCAAAUUUCAUGCUUCUAUCUCAAAGUGCACAACCAUUUCAACAUUUACACUAGCUAUAAUAAGCAUAAUAUGUUUUGUUCGGUGGGAUUUGCUACUCCGUGGAGUUGCUGUUUUUCUAGUUAAAAUACUUUUCGAUGUUAGGUCUGUAAUAGAAGUUUUGCUAUAAAGCCUUGAAAUCUCAUUGAAGUCUCAUUUUUGUUGUGAUGUUUGAAUAUUAAACCAUCAAGAGCUAAUAUUUUUAUUUUAUUUGAUGACAUAUUUGAUUCCUGUUUGAAUUUUCUACUAAGUGAUCAUUGAUAUUAACAAAGACUUUUAUCAACUCAAUAAACAUGUAAUAUGUAUAUUUUGAAUAUAGAGGAAGAGUAUUAUAUUAGUCCACCCGCUAUGGCUCAGUGGCAGAGAGAGUCAAGAUUACCAAUAUCGCUUGGCCCCGGGUUCGAUUCCCGGUUCAGACAAGUUGUUUGUGCGUUAUGUAAUUCUGGGUGUUUGACUGAGUGGUUCACGACUCGUAGACAAGGCUGUGGUGUGUACCUGUAUGUCUGUGUACCUGUGCACAUAAAAGAAAACAAGGCUCCUUCAAGGAGGGGUUUCUGGCUCUAUCUUCGAGUGUAAAAAUACGUAAAUUACGGAAUAUACCAAUGAGGUAUUGCUCGUCAAAAUAUGGCGGUAACCAAGAUAUAAUAAUAAUAAUAUAAUAAUAAUAAUAAUAAUAAGCUUCACCAGUGCUAUAAUUGCCAUCUAUCCUUAACAGUCCUCUAUUGUACCUGAUAUGCUCCUGAUUAAAUAAAUAAAUGGGAGGCUGACCAAUGUGGUAGGGGGGGGGGUAAUUUAUUGUAUUCAGUCUGAGUAUCUCGGAUUAAGCUGGGGGUACCAAGCCAAAAAUGUCUGUUGACCUUGGCUUGGGUUUCAUACACAUUGUUUAUAAUAUUAUAUGUACUAACUUGCAAAAUGUUAUUCAUAUGAAAUAAAUAACCUUGAAAAAAAUUAAGCUGGAGGUUUUUGUUAUUAAGAAUUGUAAUAAAAAUUUAAUGUUUAUUAUUGACAAAUACAGAAAUUGCAUAAAUGAAGAAUGGUUGAAUUGUGAAUAAAUAAUGCAAAAUCUGAUAA